CUUCGUUCCGUCGUCGUGCUCGAUCGCCAUGGUUUGGGUUGAAGUGCAGCGACUAUGCUUGCAGAGCGGAGCCCGCAAGUUAAAUGCAAGGUUACAUGGUGACGCGAUAGUGUGUGUGUGUGGCUCAAGAAUGCCACGCGAGAUAAAUUACGAUUUUUUCUUUUCUAUGUCGCAAUCAACAUAACAAGUGAGAUUUU